AUGAAGCUGCUACGCAGUGCCAUCAUCCUGUUCGGGGCUGGGCUAGCGACGUCGGCAGCGGUGCCUGAGCGGCAGCAUCAGGCCGUGCUGUCAGUUGGCGAUGCGCAAGACGGCCCUUUGAUCUCAUCCUCAUCCACCACUCUCUUUGGUUCGCUCGAGCGGCUGGCCCGCCUGGUCGACAUUGCCUACUGUGUCGGCACUGCUGGAACGGGCGUGGCGCCGCCGUUCUCGUGCGUGUCACGCUGUCACGAGUUUCCCGAGCUGCGCCUGGUGGCUUCGUGGAACACGGGCGUGCUGCUGGGCGACAGCUGCGGCUUCGUGGCCGCCGACGACGGCCGCCGCGAGGUCUUUGUCGUCUUUCGCGGCACCUACAGCCUGACCAACACGGUCGAGGACCUGCGCACAGUGCCGCAAGACUACAAGCCGUAUCCCGGGACUGCUCUCGCCUGCCGCAACUGCACCGUCCACGCCGGCUUCUUCGACUCCUGGCAGAGCGCCCGGCCACUAGUCCUGCCGGCUGUUGCUGCCGCGCGCGAUCCCUCGUCAUCGCCAGACACCCAGGCGACACAGCCGCUAUCCCCCUACACCGUCCGGCUCGUUGGCCACAGCCUCGGUGGCGCUGUCGCUGCGCUGGCUGGCCUCGAAAUGCGCACUAGCCUUGGCUGGGAUGACGUGCACGUGACCACGUUUGGUCAGCCGCGCAUCGGCAACAAAGGACUCGCUGCCUUUGUCGAGACUGUCUUUGGCCUCGACAACAACAACAACAACAACAACAACAUGACCAUGACCACGACCACGACCAACAGCUUCCGCCGCGUCACCCACAGAAACGACCCCGUCCCCCUCCUCCCCCUCGCCGAAUGGGGCUUCCGCUCGCAUGCUGGCGAGAUCUUCAUCGAUAAACAUGACCUGCCACCGUCUCCCGAUGAUCUGCUUCUUUGUCGCGGCCGUGACGACCCGGCCUGUAUCGCUGGUCCCUCGUCCGACAGCCUCUAUGGCUCGCUUCCACGCCUCCGCUUGUGGGAGCUCUUCUUCGCCCACCGCGACUACUUUUGGCGCCUCGGCCUCUGUUUUCCUGGCGGCGAUCCUGCCGACCGUUGGCGCAAUGUCCACUAUGGCGACCCGUCUGCCGAUGAGCUGUAA